AUGAAUCGACAGCCCACAGCAUCGGGAAGUUUCUACUACGCGCCUCAGCCCUCACCGAAUCCAGCCGCAGAUGGGAGGCUCGCAAGUCAAAAUCGGGUUCAACAGACACCAUCACACUCAUUAGCUGGCCCAGGCAGAAUGGAAGCCCAACCAGCCCAGGGCCCUGUCUACCAAGACCCAGAAUAUCAAUCAAUGAACCCUCGCUAUGGCAAAAACAACGAACAGCCAGUAUGGGGCUUGGCAAAGCCUCUUCCACGAGUUGUGAGGCCGGGGAUGCGUCGGGACGGAGACACCCAGCAAAAGGCAUACGACACACAACCUCGUGGUGAAGCAGAACCGGCACCGGAACUUGGCACAACACCAGGCCUUGCGAGAUCCCGAUCAAACGCUACCAGUCAUACCACUCAUACAAACACGCCCCUGCCGCAACAUCCUCCCACAUAUGCCUCUGCAGCCCAGCAGGACCUGCCACAAGAAAAUACCGUGUACGGGACUCAGCCAGAUGGGCUUCUACGCCCGAUGGAAAGUGAAGUGGGUGGUGGCAAUGGUCCCAUCUACGAGGAUCAGAUGGGGCGGCCGGAGGAAGAAGAGUUCUUGAACAAUUGGGUCAGGAUUCGGAAUUAUUUGAAAGAACCAUUCGCCGAAUGGCUAGCAACUACCAUUGCUAUCUUUGUUGGAUUAACCGGAACUCUCGCCAUUUCAACUGGCGGGACGAACGCCGGAACCAAGCUCUCAGAGCACUGGUCUUGGGGUCUCGGAUCCAUGAUCGGGAUUUACCUUGCUGGUGGUGUCUCAGGUGCUCAUCUGAAUCCUGGAAUCUCCAUUGCACUCUGGAUCUUCCGUGGAUUCCCUGGCCGGAGAUGCUGCUUUUAUAUCAUAGCCCAAGUGCUCGGGGGUCUUACGGCCGCAGGUCUCGCGUAUUGCAUAUAUCGAGACUCCAUCAUCGCCUUUUCUCCUUCCGCGUCGGCUGGCACAUCUGGCCUUGGUUUCUAUACUGAACCCUUGAGCCACGUGAGUUCUGUGACUGCAUUCUUCACGGAAUUCUUGGCGGAUGCCAUCCUAGUUUGUGUCAUUUUUGCAAUGGGCGACGAUAGCAACGCUCCACCUGGUGCGGGUAUGCACUCUUUCGUCAUUGGAUUGGUGAUCUAUGUGCUGUGUAUCUGUCUUGGAUUCAACACAGGAGGAAUUUUGAACCCUGUCCGCGACUUUGGCCCACGGCUUGUCGCGCUCAUGGCUGGAUACGGAGGUGAAACAUUCACUGUCCGUGAUGCUUGGUGGUUCUGGGGUGGCGGGGUGGCUACUAUAAGUGGCUGCUUCUUCGGAGCCACCCUUUACGACACAUUCAUCUUCAUCGGCGGUGAAUCACCAAUCAACUACGCCCCUAGACGACGCAGAAGAGCCAAACUCAAGGAGGAACCAUUAUCAUCAUCAUCAGUGUCAGGAUAUAUUCGGGCAUGGGUUGGGGAUCACUCCACCCUCACUCUCAGAUCUAUCACCACUCACGCAGGAGUGGUCAUCUGUCUGAGUGACAACCGUUACGAGCUUUUUUGA